CAACUACGUAGAUGUCUUACCACUAAACAGUUACAGAAAAAAGGGAAGCAUGAUAUUUAAAAAAAAUUCAAAAACCAGAAACCUAAGCCAGAGACAUGGGAAACUUAAGUGACUUCUGGGGCACGUCAAUCAUAAGGAUUGUAAAAGUGAACUGCUCAAACCACAUUUGAGCACCCAAUGAAGAAAUGAGCAGCCAAGAGAGGCUCCCGCUGCUGCUGCUGCUGUUGCCGCUACCUUCAAUCCUGCUAUUCCUUUGCCCAAUAGAUUGCUUGUCUCUGUCUGGCCCCAGUGAGGUGAGAGGUAUUGUAGGAGAAUCACUGACUGUGCAGUGUUCCUAUGAAGAAAACUACAAGACUACAAAGAAAAAAUGGUGCAAAAAAAGUUGGAAAUUUUUUUGUAGCACAAUUAUGGAUACUCAAGAAUCAAAAGUGUCCAUCAGAGAUGAUCCUGAAAACAACACAUUCACAGUGACCAUGAAAAACCUCACUAAAGCUGACGAAGGAGAGUACCAAUGUAGGAUUGAACAAAGCUUCAGUGAUAUCAAAUUCUCAAUUACUGUAUUUGUUUCUCCAGCACCCACAGUGACCUCAAAUAGAUAUACAACCACAUCACCAACAGAUAUACCAGUGACAGACAUAAAUGAAAUAGGUGAAGAGAAGACCUCAGAAGAGAUUUCUGACCCCAUGCCACUCCCAAGAUCUGGGAUUCUUGACAAGCCUGGAAUAUUGCUCUUGAUCCUGGGUCUCUUAAUUAUUUCAUUGGCUGGAGCUGUGUUUUUGGCUUGGAGAAUGAUGAGACAGAAGAAGGCUGAUGAGAAGUCCAUGGUGUUUCUGGACUCUAAUCAGCCCCUGUCCAUUGCUCCCGAGCAGCCAAACAACGAACCUUGUUACUCAAAUCUGGAGCUACAGGAGAGACACUCAAAUCAGGAUCCUCCUAUCCAAAGCAAUCCAGAUGUACAAUUCAGCACUGUGGCUUUCUUUUCCUGGUGUGUGGAUAAAGGGGCUUUCAGGGAGCAGAAUCAGUGUUCCUUUCUAUGCCAUUGUUGGGAGCCCCCACGUGCCUGGGAUAUCACUGCUCCAGCCUUGUCAAAGAUGACCAAGAAGAUGAGGGAAAACGGGCAUGCCAACAAGGGCCACGGCCACGAGCAGCCCAUCCACUGCACCAACUGCGCCCGCUGCGUGCCCAAGGACAAGGCCAUCAAGAGGUUCGUCGUCAGGGACAUCUCCGAGGCCAGCAUCUUCGACUCCUAUGUGCUGCCCAAACUGUAUGUGAAUCUGCAUUACUGUGUGAGCUGCACUAUCCGCAGCAAGGUAGUGAGGAAUCAUCCCAGAAGGCACGAAAGGAUUGAAUACCCCCACCCCGCUGCCCCCAGACCCCCUCCAAAGCCUAUGUAAAGAGCUAUCUUCCCA